AUGGCGAAACUUAAGAGGAGGAACGCCAGCCCUAUAUGGGAUUUCUUUGAAUAUUCAUGCGAGACGGACAAGAGCGUGUGUAUGGUGGUGGAGAAUGGAAAUGUAUGUGGAGCUGCGCUGAAAGGAAAAAAUCCCACAAAUUUAAAAGUCCACCUGAGAAGUUUCCACAAGGACGCUAACAGUUGCUAUAUGGCUCAAUUAGCUGCUAGCCCUCCUGAAGCACGAGCAGAGACAGACAAACUGAGCACACGGAGUGGGGAAACUCCAAAAAUAUUCGACUUCCUCAAAGGUCGCCAAGACAGCUGGUCAGUAAAUACACAUGAACACUGUAAGAGGGAGGAAGCUCUGGUGAAUUUGUUUAUCCAUACAGGAAUGUCUACCCGACUCUGUGAGACACCGGCUUUCAAACAAUAUAGCUAUGCACUCGAGCCGAAGUUCAAGGUUCCAGGGGCUGCUCGAGUGAACAACCUGAUUGCAGGGCGGAUGGGAAAUGCCAAAAUGAAGUUGAAAGACAUACUGAAGGAUGCCAGGAAGAUAACCCUAUGUGUAGAUGGAUGGACUAAGAAGGGGUUGACUGCAUCAUUCCUAGGUGUGUCAGCGUGUUUCUAUCAUCCACCUGGGGGACGGGUAUACCACGCGCUACUAAGCUUGCAUCGUUUGGCCCAUCCUCACACUGGGGAAUGCAUUGCUCGCUGUAUUGAUGAGACCAUGGUGGCAUGGGAUAUUGUUGGAGACAAAGUUCUGCUCGUUGUGACGGACAAUGGCUCGAACAUCGUAAAAGCAGUGCGGCUGCUUAGUGCAAGACGUCCUGAUCAAAGUGAGCAGUCAACACACAGUGCACGGCUUCAACCUGGAGAUGGCCUGGAUGACGUGAUGUGGGAUGAACCAGAGUCUGACGAGGAGAAUGUGGAGGAUCUCAGCGAGAGUGGAGACAUUGAACUUGAUCUGCCAGAUGACUGCAAAUUCCAGAGGAUGCCAUGCCUGGCCCAUACCCUUCAGCUCAGCCUGAAAGAUGCCAUGAAGCACCCAAGCACAGAUCUGCUUUUAACAAGAGCAAGAAAGCUGGUACACUCAGUGAGGAAAUCAUCGUUGGCAAACGAAGCACUGAUCAAAAAGUGUGGUAAAACUCUGGUCCGAGAUUGCAGCACACAUUGGAACAGCACUUUCGACAUGUUGAGAAGGCUGCUGGAGAUCAGAACGGAACUGAACCAGGUACUGGAGGAGCUGGGCAUGGACACACUUCUCACAAGUGAUUGGUCCAAGAUGGAGAACCUGGUCAUGUUGCUUGAGCCCUUUGCCGUUCACACAGACCAACUUCAGAGUGACAGCCAGUCACUGUCACAAGUAGUGCCAUGCUUGCUCAACCUUGAGGCUCACCUGCAGACCACUACUGUUGCUGCGAAGCCGUUGGCACAAACGCUACUUAAGUCCUUAAGAGAGCGCUUUGCUGGCAUUCUGAGCCCUGCUUCCCUACAAUUUGAUGCAACACCAGCAGCCGCUUGCCUGCUCGAUCCAAAUGUGUCAGUAAUUCUUCAGAUACCAGACAUGGUGCCACUCAAAAUGGCCGCACAGUCUUUCAUUCAGAACAUGGCAGCUCAGUACAACCAGUACAACCCACCAACAACUCCUCAGGAGGACGUUGGCAAUGAAACUGAAACACCUUCGGCUCGUGCUGUCUUCCAGAAGUAUCGCUUUCUUGCCACUCGUAUGGAAGUCAAUGAACUUUUCCAAAAUGGCCCCGAGUAUGGAUCUCUGAUGGCAGAACUAAGGAGGUAUGAGGAUGACGUCAAAAAGGGUGUGUCUGAUGAGAAGCCACUGAAAUUCUGGCAGUCCAGAGAGGCGGUGUACCCAAAGCUUGCCCCUCUGGCACUAGAUCUUGUCAGUGCCCCUGCCUCACAGGCCUUUGUUGAGAGAAUCUUCUCAGUGUGUGGACUGUUGUCCUCUGGUCUGAGGAAUAGAGCGACUACAUCUCUGGAGCAGCGAGUUUUCCUGAAGAUAAACAAGGACUUACUCAAGAGAAAACCAAAUAUGUUAAUAUCUCUAUUUCUUCUUCUGCUAUUAUCUGGAUUUUUUAAUAUAGGAAGGAGUGUGGCGUCCAGCCAAAGAGCAUCAAAAGAUGAAGAGAUAAUAAACCAGAUUAAGGGUACAAACCAGGCUCUGGCUGAAAUUAAGGAACUGCUUAAGCAACAGAUAGAGGAAAUUGUAUUUCUGAAGAACACUGUUAUGGAGUGUGAAGCCUGUGGCAUGCACAUAUAUGUCCCAGAUCGAAAACCAGGCUGUGAUCCCAAUCCCUGCCACCCUGGAGUGACCUGUAUGGACACUGUUAAUGGUAUCAGAUGUGGGCCAUGUCCUCAAGGCAUGGUGGGCAAUGGCACCCAUUGCACAGAUGUUGAUGAGUGUGCUGUAAAACCAUGCCAUAUGGGUGUGAGAUGCAUCAAUACAUUUCCUGGGUUCCGCUGUGGUCAAUGUCCUGCUGGUUAUGCAGGUCCCCAGGUGCAGGGAGUCGGACUUGACCAUGCCAUCGCCAACAAACAGGUUUGCCGUGACAUAAAUGAGUGUGAAAUGUCAAAUGGAGGCUGUGUGGAGAAUUCCAUCUGUUUGAACACACCGGGGUCUUUCCGGUGUAGUCACUGCAAGCCAGGAUUCAUAGGAAACCAGACACAAGGCUGUAAGCCUGAGAGGUCAUGUGGGAAUGGGCAGCCCAACCCUUGCCAUGCAAGUGCUGAGUGCAUUGCCCAUCGGGAUGACAAUAUUGAAUGUGUUUGUGGCAUUGGUAUGGCUGGCAAUGGAUACUUAUGUGGAACAGACACAGAUAUUGAUGGCUUCCCUGAUGAAGAACUGCCAUGCUCUGACAGAAUCUGUGCUAAGGAUAACUGUCUCACAGUACCCAACUCUGGCCAAGAAGACGCUGAUCAGGAUGGUAUUGGAGAUGCAUGUGAUGAUGAUGCAGAUGGAGAUGGGAUCCUGAAUACAGAGGAUAAUUGUGUGCUUGUGCCAAAUGUAAACCAGAAGAACACUGACCAAGAUGAUUAUGGAGAUGCUUGCGAUAACUGUCACUUAAUUAAAAACAAUGACCAAAAGGACACUGACAGUGAUGGCAGUGGUGAUGAAUGUGAUAAUGACAUUGACGGUGAUGGCAUAAAAAAUGACAAAGACAACUGUGUGAAGGUUCCCAAUGCUGACCAGAUUGAUCGAGAUGGUGAUAAUGUUGGUGAUGCAUGUGACAGCUGUCCUUAUAUUCGCAAUCCUGAUCAGAUGGAUGUCGAUAAUGAUUUGAUUGGUGAUCCUUGUGACACCAACAAAGACAGUGAUGGAGAUGGUCAUCAGGACUCAAGAGACAACUGUCCAGCAGUCAUAAACAGUUCUCAGUUGGACACGGACAAAGAUGGCAAAGGGGAUGAGUGUGAUGAUGAUGACGACAAUGACGGCAUUCCUGACCUCCUUCCUCCGGGACCAGAUAACUGCAGACUCAUCCCCAACCCGCUCCAGGAAGAUUGGGAUGGGGACGGAAUUGGAAAUGUCUGUGAAAAGGACUUUGACAACGAUACAGUCAUAGACCCUAUUGAUGUGUGCCCUGAGAAUGCAGAAGUCACCCUUACCGACUUCCGAGCCUACCAGACUGUAGUGCUGGACCCAGAAGGAGAUGCACAGAUUGAUCCAAAUUGGGUGGUGCUUAAUCAGGGAAGAGAGAUCAUUCAAACCAUGAAUAGUGACCCUGGAUUAGCUGUUGGUUACACAGCAUUCAAUGGUGUGGACUUUGAAGGGACGUUUCAUGUAAAUACAAUAACAGAUGAUGACUAUGCUGGGUUUAUCUUUGGCUAUCAGGACAGCUCUAGUUUUUAUGUAGUCAUGUGGAAGCAGGUGGAGCAGAUCUACUGGCAGGCGAAUCCCUUCCGAGCUGUGGCUGAACCAGGAAUCCAACUCAAGGCUGUGAAAUCCAACACAGGGCCAGGAGAGAAUCUGCGAAACUCAUUGUGGCACACAGGUGAUACUGCCAACCAGGUGAAGCUACUGUGGAAAGAUCCGAGAAACGUGGGCUGGAAGGACAAGACUUCUUAUCGUUGGUUCCUGCAGCACAGACCCCAUGAUGGGUACAUCAGGGUUCGGUUCUAUGAAGGCCCAAAGAUGGUUGCAGACACAGGGAUCAUUAUUGACACGACCAUGAGAGGAGGCAGACUUGGAGUGUUCUGCUUCUCACAGGAGAAUAUCAUCUGGGCCAAUCUGCGCUACCGAUGCAAUGAUACCAUUCCGGAGGACUUCGACACAUACAGAGCCCAACACAUCCAGCUGCAAAUUUAGCCUCAGUCAUCAUCCCAAGUCUUAAAAUCAUUUUAUCCUUCACAUUGACUAGUGGUUCUUCUUGACCAAUGCUUUUCAAAGUGUGACUUGGAGACCUGCAGGGGUCAGUGAAGGAUUUCCAGGCGGUCCCAUUAGGUUAUUAGUGUGAAUAUUACCUUAUUAAAGUAUUUGGUGGGUAACUUGAAUUGAACGGGUGUAAUCUGAACCUCAAUAACAAGUAGGCCUAUAAAUAAUGCCAAAAAAUGUCCAGUCAGUGGAAAGUUAAUUGAAUAGAAGCUCUCUAUAAAAGUCAUACAAAUAAGCAAAAU